GGCACUGCCUAUCGAUAGCGUGCAAAAGUAUAUGCUCGUGAAAACGAUUUUUAAAAGUGUGCUUAAGUAUCUUCGUAAAACUUAUGGAUCAAGGAGUUACAUUUCUGUCAUGGAUUGUUCUGAAACCCAGUACUACUUGAAUGGGAACUGCCACCCUUGUCUGCAAUGUGGACCAGGACAAGAGCUGUCAGAGGACUGUGGUUAUGGAAUUGGACGUUCGGCUUAUUGCAUCCCCUGUAAUGUAAAGACUUAUAAAGAGGGUCAGGGUUACCACAACUGCAGAUUCUGCCAGUCGUGUAAACGCAUAAACAGGCACCAGAAGUCACUGUGUACCUCUAAAAGCAAUGCUGUCUGUGGGGAGUGUUUACCAGGCUUUUACAGUAAGACACGGAUAGAUGGCUUGCAGGACUUGGAGUGCAUGCCGUGUGGUCCCUCCUACACUACUGAGCAGCAGUGCAGCCGAAGCAGAGAAGUGUAUGUGGAAAAAGUCUGGAGCCCAGAAGGCCCAGCCCAAAAUGCUGCUGUUGCCACCACAAUUUCUGUAGCCCUGGUUACCAUGGCAAUCAUCCUCGCUGCUGCCUUGCUUAUAUACUUCAGACAUACCUUACUAAAGAAAAUAUUUAAAGGAUGCCUGGCUCCUCAAAGCACAAGUCAGAAUGACAUGGAGUGUGCAGCAUCCCCAGUGAACAGGGUCACACUGAACCUGGAGCAGCAAGACCAAGACUCAGGUGCAUGUGAUAACUCUACCACCACUGCAGACACGUUGGCCAGACUGCAGUCCAAAGUGGACAUGAUUGGCCCUCUGGGGUCCAUUCUACUAAGCCCUGACCUUAAAACUCAGGACCACAGCUAUCUCCUGGAGACCGAGCCGCUGGUGCAGAACUCCACCUGCAGUAACUGCUCCUCUGGGUUUGUCUCUCAGAUAUCCUUUGAGCCGCCCUCAACCAGUGGGGACGUCCCACUCACAAUGGAGACCCCUGUGGGUCCAAUAGACAGUGGGGAGUCUGUGGCAGGGUCCCUGUUCCUACAGAGCAGUGAGGGAUACUGUGCCUCUGAGCAGCAGGAGAGCCCUCUCCAUCAGCAUGUCCCAGUAGAGUGCACUGAGCUAGACUUCCACAGUACUGCAGCCUCAACACUGGACCUCCACAGUACUACUGACCCAGACUGUAGCUCUGUGAGCCUGGGGAUUACUGAGAUAUCUGAGAUUAGGGACGGCCCCUCCGGAGAUGGGUCAGGAGGAAAACAACUGAGGAGGAGUCCAUCUGACUGCCCAGAGGAGCAAACUGACAGCUGUUGGAGCAGCCAUCAACAACUCUGCAACAGCAGUCUGGGAGGCAGUAAUGCGAUGGAAACAGCGAGCCUGCUGAAGAAGUGUAUCCGGAUCAUGCAAGGGGUCCGUCUAGGCAGGCUGCCCCAGGCCUUGGUGGAUUCUCUGGCUCUGAAGCUGGACCCAACGUUCCCAGGAGUACAGAACUACCAGCAGGUGGCGCUGAUGAUGGGCAUACCUCACGAGUUGCUGAAAGGCCUGUGUGGGUUUGAUCACGUCUUUCGGUACCUUUCCUCCUGCACUCUGCUGACAGUACCUGAACUACUCCACACCUUCUAUCUCCUGCAAAGGCUUGACACCCUGCUCCUGCUGUGUGAAUAUGCCAUGCAGCGCCAGGUCACAGGAUGCACAUGCUAACUCUUAAUGCUAACAACACUUCUACCAACACAACCUAGAAUGCUGACAUCAACAGGUUAUAAUAUGAUCAGUAUGCAUACUACUGAACUAGAACCUACAUGGAACAACGUAACUGCUCAAACUCUCAGGUGUGGAUGUGUAAACAUUUAGGGUUUCACAGCGAAGCUAUUGUUAUUCUUAGAUUAUUUGUUUUCCUUGACAUGGUCAAAUAACUCAAGCAUAGAUUGGUAACUUUUUUCUAAUUUGGCACACAAAAACUAGAGGCCAUGAAUAACUUGGUCAAAAAUAAUAGCACUGAUUGACCUAUAGGUGGCACUGUUAUAAGCAGUCCCACUUAAACCCUCAUAUCUGCCGCGUCGUUUGACCUAGAGACUUACAUUUGAAAUGUUGUAUGUAGGUGUCGUUCCCCGUGCUGAACAAAUUUGCCUCAAGGAUCCAUAAGGUCCGUCGGGACAGAUUUUCCUCCAUCUUAGAAAUUUUGGAAAACUUUGAAAAACUUCUCAUGAAUCAUAGGUAACUUCUUCUCAUGAAAUUCGGUAUGUAGUCUCAUAAUACAUUUCAUAACUCAGUUUGAGAAAAGCUAAGGGAUUGGUUAAGAGAUGGCUGAGUUAUUGAUCAAUCAGGAAAUCAGAUUUUACGUGUCCAUUUCAAUCCUUUGUAAAUCCACCCCACAAUAGCCUAUCAACUUGAAACCUUUUAGAGUCAUCAAAGACAUUACCAUGAUGAACCAUGCUACACUUGGCAUUGAUAUCUUAAAAAACAAUUUAAUUUUUUGACUAUGUAACGCUAAUGCUUAAAAUAACCAAAGGUUUUCCAAAAUGUCUAAGAUUGAGGAAAUUCUGUCCCGACGGACCUUAUGGGCUCCCGAGUGGCGCAGCGGUCUAAGGCACUGCAUCUCAGUGCUUGAGGCGUCACUACAGACCCCCU